GCUGCUCGAGCUCUGAUUGACAAUAAUGGCGACGCGUCCGUCUGGAGUUGUAUCUCAAUGAAACAGCUCCAAAGAACGCAUUUGCGCCAAACAUUUGUCAUCAUCCGGAAUUAAAGAUCGCUUCCAAGGAUAUCCGACAGGAAUGAUCCCCGAAUCCCUUUCUGCGAGGAAAUAUUAAGUUCUGCUUGUGCGAUUCUUGGGAAAGCACCAACAAAGGUCUCCUCAUCCGUGGCGAUGUGUCUGCUGUUUACAGACCCGAGCUUGCGUUUGUUUCGAGCAUGAAGGACUGCGCUUACUUCACCCACCGCCAUUCAGUCAGGAAUUAUAUCUAAACUUAAUCAAACCAGAAGGUUUAAGUCAAAGUGCUUCAGUUGGACUGUUUUUGCAAACGCUUUUCCUGCACAGACAUUCUGAACCGCGUCACGCGAAGUUGGACCAUCUGUUGAACGUUUGCGAGCGCGCUGCAAAGUUCUCAACGCGUUUAUUUUUUUAAACAUUUAUUUAAUCGCAAAACAACAGUUGUUGUUUUCUAAAGCGAACGUUUUUGUUGCGUUUAUGCUAACGCCAAGCAACUUUGGAGAGGUUAGCGAUAGCUGGUUAGCCUAGACUCGCUAACUAGCCUUUGCUAAAAGGGCCGUUAGUGACCUAAACCUAUUGUUUUUCUACAUUUUCCAGAACGUGUAUUAAUAAUAACUACAAACUGUGUUUUCUAUUUAUCUCUGUAAGCUAUAUUUCACUAAAACAGUUGAAUUUAUGUGUCGACAACUUGCGAAGUUGUGAAUAGCGUUAGCUCACUACAAAAACUUAAGUUAAAGAUUUUCCUUCAGGAGUUAAAGCAAACUUGGUCAUUCUCUCUUUGUUUUUUGUUUUUUUGCUAUACAGCAAAAUUUACAUCUAUCACUGGCCAUAUGUAAGACGAACCAGUCCUUUUAAAACCCAAUAUUCUCAAAGCUGGCUGAUUCGCCAGCUAAAAGUACCUUAAAUCGCAACAUUUGCUCGUAAAUGACCACCGGCAGGAAUAACCGAGUGAUGAUGGAAGGAGUGGGUGCUCGAGUUAUCCGCGGGCCUGACUGGAAGUGGGGGAAGCAGGACGGCGGAGAAGGGCAUGUGGGCACCGUCAGGAGCUUCGAGAGCCCGGAGGAGGUGGUGGUGGUGUGGGAUAACGGCACCGCCGCCAAUUACCGCUGCUCCGGAGCCUAUGAUGUGAGGAUAUUAGACAGUGCGCCCACAGGAAUCAAGCAUGAUGGCACCAUGUGUGACACCUGUCGGCAGCAGCCCAUCAUUGGAAUCCGAUGGAAAUGUGCAGAGUGCACCAACUAUGACCUCUGCACCACCUGUUACCAUGGCGACAAGCACCACCUGCGCCACAGGUUCUACCGCAUCACCACCCCUGGCAGUGAAAGAGUUCUUCUGGAGUCUCGUCGCAAGUCGAAGAAGAUCACAGCCCGCGGCAUCUUUGCAGGAGGACGAGUGGUGCGAGGGGUGGAUUGGCAGUGGGAGGAUCAGGAUGGCGGGAAUGGAAGAAGAGGGAAGGUGACGGAGAUCCAGGACUGGAGUGCUGCCAGCCCCCACAGCGCAGCCUACGUCCUUUGGGACAACGGGGCCAAGAACCUCUACCGAGUGGGAUUCGAGGGCAUGUCUGAUUUGAAAUGUGUGCAAGAUGCCAAAGGAGGGACUUUUUACAGAGACCACUGUCCAGUAUUGGGUGAGCAGAACGGCAACAGGAACCCAGGAGGCCUGCAGAUUGGAGACUUGGUCAACAUUGAUUUGGAUUUGGAGAUCGUUCAGUCGCUGCAGCAUGGGCAUGGAGGAUGGACCGACGGCAUGUUUGAGACGCUCACCACAACAGGCACUGUGUGCGGCAUCGAUGAAGACCACGACAUUGUUGUGCAAUAUCCUAGUGGAAACAGGUGGACAUUUAACCCAGCGGUGCUCACCAAGGCAAACGUUGUCCGCAGUGGAGAAGUGGCAGCUGGUGCUGAGGGUGGCAGCUCGCAGUUCAUGGUGGGAGAUUUGGUUCAGAUUUGCUACGACAUCGACCGCAUCAAACUGCUCCAAAGAGGACACGGAGAGUGGGCUGAAGCCAUGCUGCCAACCCUUGGAAAGGUGGGCAGAGUGCAGCAGAUUUACUCUGACAGUGACCUGAAAGUGGAGGUGUGCGGGACAUCCUGGACAUACAAUCCCGCUGCUGUCACUAAAGUGGCCCCUGCUGGAUCUGCGGUUACUAAUGCUUCUGGAGAGCGCCUGUCUCAGCUCCUCAAGAAACUUUUCGAGACGCAGGAGUCUGGAGACAUUAAUGAAGAGCUGGUGAAGGCCGCAGCCAACGGUGACCUGGCCAAAGUAGAGGACAUCCUGAAGAGACCCGAUGUAGACGUGAACGGGCAGUGUGCAGGACACACUGCCAUGCAGGCAGCCAGCCAAAAUGGCCACGUGGAUGUCCUCAAACUGCUGCUGAAACAUAGCGUGGAUUUGGAGGCUGAGGAUAAGGAUGGAGAUCGAGCCGUCCAUCACGCAGCCUUCGGGGAUGAGGGUUCGGUCAUUGAGGUGCUCCAUCGAGGCGGCGCCGACCUGAACGCCAGAAAUAAGCGCAGACAGACGCCGCUGCACAUCGCUGUCAACAAGGGCCAUCUGCAGGUGGUCAAGACUUUGCUUGACUUUGGCUGCCACCCCAGUCUGCAGGACUCUGAGGGAGACACACCUCUGCAUGAUGCCAUCAGCAAGAAGCGGGAUGACAUGCUCUCUGUGCUCCUGGAAGCAGGCGCAGACGUCACAAUCACCAACAACAACGGUUUCAAUGCGCUCCACCAUGCAGCACUGCGAGGGAACCCGAGUGCUAUGCGCGUGCUGCUUUCCAAACUGCCACGACCAUGGAUAGUGGACGAGAAGAAGGACGAUGGCUACACCGCUCUUCAUCUGGCUGCGCUCAACAACCAUGUGGAGGUGGCCGAGCUACUAGUUCACCAGGGAAACGCCAAUUUGGACGUCCAGAAUGUUAACCAGCAGACGGCAUUACACCUUGCAGUGGAGCGCCAGCACACCCAGAUAGUGCGACUUUUGGUGCGAGCCGAGGCCAAGUUAGACGUUCAAGACAAGGACGGAGAUACGCCACUGCACGAGGCCCUGCGUCACCACACGCUGUCCCAGCUGCGCCAACUUCAGGACAUGCAGGACGUCAGCAAAGUGGAACCCUGGGAGCCCUCCAAAAACACAUUGAUCAUGGGACUGGGCACUCAGGGGGCUGAGAAGAAGAGCGCUGCCUCUAUUGCUUGCUUCCUGGCAGCCAACGGAGCUGACCUUACCAUCCGUAACAAGAAGGGCCAGUCUCCUCUGGACCUGUGUCCUGACCCCAGCCUCUGCAAGGCCCUAGCUAAAUGCCACAAAGAGAAGACCAGUGGGCAGGUUGGCUCUCGAAGCCCGUCUCUAAACAGUAAUAAUGAGACUCUGGAGGAAUGCAUGGUGUGCUCGGAUAUGAAAAGAGACACUCUGUUUGGCCCCUGUGGUCAUAUCGCCACCUGCUCUCUCUGCUCGCCUCGUGUCAAGAAGUGUCUUAUUUGCAAGGAACAGGUCCAGUCUAGAACUAAGAUCGAGGAGUGUGUAGUUUGCUCUGAUAAAAAGGCAGCGGUGCUCUUCCAGCCCUGUGGUCACAUGUGCGCUUGUGAGAACUGUGCGAGUCUGAUGAAAAAGUGUGUGCAGUGUCGGGCCGUGGUGGAGCGCCGCACCCCCUUCGUUCUGUGCUGUGGAGGGAAAGGUAUGGAGGAUGCCACUGAUGAUGAGGACCUUACAGGGGGCUCUAACUCAAUGGCAGGGGGGUCGCAGGAUCUUCUCCAGCCCAACAAUCUGGCCCUAAGUUGGUCCAGCGGAAAUAUCCCAGCCUUGCAGAGGGACAAAGACAACACUAAUGUCAACGCAGACGUACAGAAGCUGCAGCAGCAACUGCAGGAUAUCAAAGAGCAGACUAUGUGCCCGGUGUGUCUGGAUCGCCUGAAGAACAUGAUCUUCAUGUGUGGCCACGGCACCUGUCAGCUGUGCGGAGACCGCAUGAGCGAGUGCCCGAUCUGCCGCAAGGCCAUCGAGCGCCGAAUCCUGCUUUACUAGAGCGCCGCUUCUGUGUGGUUCUCAUAAGCACCUUCCCUGGAUCUGCAAGGCUCUCCGUGUCUCAAGCUAAGCUAAGAGUCAUCAGUGUUACCACAUCCAUCUUGGUUUUAUCUUCAAUAUUAAGGUUUUAAUUAUGUUCGAGGGGGAAGAAACUCGUUUGAUGACUGUAUUUUUCAAGUGCCCACAUUUACGUUCGUUUUCAGCAGCACCGACAUGAACUGACUCUGUCAGGGUGUAAUAAUUCAUCUACGCCAGUGUAUUAUGCUUAUAUAUCCUGAUGUAUCUACAGUAUCCGUGUAGAGCAUGGUGACGUUUAGGAUGUGACCGAACUCCCACUCGAACUUUUUCUGGAGGUUUCUCAUUUUGUGUGACGUAGCGUUCAAUCGUUUGUCCGAAAAGGCGUCCAUCUUUUAGCAGUGUACUGUUAGUAUAACAUUGCAUGUCGCUCUCUCAGAUUGCUGCUGUCCUACAGUAUAUAUACACACACACACACACAUAUAUACACAGAGUGUUAUUAGGCUGGAAAGAUCUUACAGUUGACUUUAAGAUGAUGUUAAUUCACUUAACGACCAUCGAUGUUGGAUUGUUCUCCAGCAAUCCUACUUUAUGCACACUAUUCUCUUGCCUGAUGUUUAAUACGACAAAGAUCUCGAUCAAAAAGAAUCAAAACUGCUGGUUUUGUGCCAUUGUUCGACAAAAACACACACAUGAAAUCAUUUCACCCUUCGGGAAUACGGUGCUGUUCCUUACUAGUUAAUUUAUACUAUAUUUUUUAAUCUUUUCCACUAAGUCUGACAUGAGCUGGAAUAUACUAUUGAAUAUAACCUGUCGUUGUUAAACGGGGCCUUACUUUAACUAGGCCGUGAGAGAGCCUGACCAAAAAAAGAAAUGAAUUCGUAGCUGCUCAUUAACAACUCGGCGUCUUUCUGAGCUUGUGGUCGAAGUAUGUUUUAUAGACCUGUGUUUUUCCGUCAUGGAUGAAGUUACUGAUGACGCACGUGUCUGAGGAUCUGAGAUGCAGACAUUUUUACCCGGAAGCAAAAGUAGUUUCAUACUUUACCUUUUAAAGGUUUAUAUCAUUUUCACAUAUCUUUUUUCGUCAGUAUCAGUCUCUUUGUGAUCAUUUUAACAUUUAAAAAACAAACUAGAUGCACUAAUAUACCUUUAAUGGUAGUAUUGUAUUGUCAUGGUUGCUUAAAAUGUCUGUUUUGUACCUUAUUUUCAGUACACACACACAAAAAACUGCCCUGGUCUGAGAACAACGUUGAUAUAUAUAUUUUUUUUGCUUUUUUUUUUGUUGAACGAAUGUUUGAUGUGCAACGUGUAUCAUAGGAGGAAUUCCUUUCGCCCUGAAACUUGCUUUGAAAAUGCAUUGCUGAAUAAAGAUUAAGAAAAAUCGA